GGCGGGGCUGGGUGUCCCAUGCUGUAAACCGUUGGAGAUGGCGGCGGGGGACAGCGGCGGCGAUGGCGGCCUCGGGCGGUACCGCUCACCGCUGGUUAGCCGCUACUCGUCCCCGGAGAUGGCCUUCAACUUCAGUGAGGCCAAGAAAUUCACCACCUGGCGCCGGCUCUGGCUUUACCUGGCGACGGCCGAGAAGGAGCUGGGGCUGCCAAUCACACAGGAGCAACUCCAGGAGAUGAAGUCAAAUCUCGAAAACAUUGAUUUCAAGAUGGCUGCCGAAGAAGAGAAGAAGCUUCGCCAUGAUGUCAUGGCACAUGUACACACGUUCGCACAUUGUUGCCCAAAUGCUGCUGCCAUCAUACACCUUGGUGCCACAUCCUGCUACGUGGGGGACAACACAGAUUUGAUUGUCCUUCGUGACGGUUUCGACAUCCUUCUGCCCAAGCUGGCUCGAGUCAUCAACCGCCUGAUGGACUUUGCCCAGAAAUAUGCUGACCUGCCGACACUCGGCUUCACCCACUACCAGCCGGCACAGUUGACCACCGUUGGGAAGCGAUGCUGCCUCUGGCUGCAGGAUCUGUGUAUGGACCUGAGAAAUCUGGAGCGUGCCCGCAGUGAGCUCCGAUUCCGAGGGGUGAAGGGAACAACAGGGACUCAGGCCAGUUUCCUCCAGCUCUUUGAGGGAGACUAUAGAAAGGUUGAAGAGCUUGAUCGUUUGGUGACUGAGAUGGCAGGAUUUAAACAAACGUACCUGGUGACUGGACAGACGUACAGUCGGAAAGUGGAUAUUGACUCACUGGCCGUGCUCUCCAGUCUUGGGGCAACUGUUCACAAGAUUUGUACGGAUAUCCGCCUUCUUGCAAAUCUGAAGGAGGUUGAGGAGCCCUUUGAGAAAGAUCAGAUUGGGUCCAGUGCGAUGCCCUAUAAGAGGAAUCCAAUGCGCAGUGAGCGUUGCUGCAGUCUGGCUCGCCACCUCAUGACACUGAUGCUGGACCCUCUGCAAACAGCAGCUGUACAGUGGUUUGAGCGGACUCUAGAUGACAGUGCCAACAGACGUAUCUGUUUAGCAGAGUCGUUUCUAACUGCAGACAUUAUCCUGAGCACUCUACAGAACAUCACUGAAGGGCUGGUCGUUUACCCAAAGGUGAUUGAGCGGCACAUUCGCCAUGAGCUUCCAUUCAUGGCGACAGAAAACAUCAUCAUGGCAAUGGUGAAAGCAGGAGAAAAUAGACAGGAUUGUCACGAGCGAAUCCGUGUCCUCUCCCAGCAGGCAGCUGCUGUGGUUAAACAGGAGGGAGGUGACAACGAUCUGAUCUGCAGAAUUCAGGAGGACAGUUACUUCAGCCCGAUCCACGGGCAGCUUGAGACACUGCUUGACCCCAAGUCCUUCAUUGGGUGUGCCCCCCGGCAGGUUACCAAAUUUCUGGAGCAGGAGGUUCAGCCACUCUUGGUCCAUUAUGCUGGUCAAAUGGAAGUGAAGGUUGAGUUGGAGCUGUGAGAAACCGAACCAGAGCGAUGACGGCUGAAAAUUCAUGAAAAUACCUCCAAGUUCUAGCAUGUCCAGCCUGUGACUUGGAAGUUUGUGCGUGUGUUUUAUGCCUUAGAUUUGAGGAGCACAGAUUAGACUGUUCAAUUUUAAAUUGCUGAUUUGGUUUCUGACAAUUAUUUUAAUUAAUGCUGGGACAUCAAUGGCCAUGUAUUGCCAUGCAUGUUUCGCAAAUGUAUACUGUGUUCGGGGAUGUCAGCAAACAUGCUCCCACUCAGGAAUCAUGGAGCUAUUAUCAAAUGACCCAGAGCUCUCCUGUUACAAGUCACAUGUCAGAUCAUUACAUUUUGAAAAUAAGUUUUUUUAAUUUCAAUUGAAUCGAUGAAAAUCACUGCCCAUGAGGCUGGGCUCAAAGCUUCCAUUUGUAUGCGUUUUGUGUCAUUCCCAUCAUCUUGAAAGAAUGGCUUGUGUUUUAAAUAAAAAUCUUUUUCAGCUUGAA